AUUAUGAGUUCGUAUGAAUGAUGAUUGAAGUGGUAGUAGCAGUGAAAAAACAAAGCAAUCCAUCCCCCACCCUUCCCCAUUGCUUAAGAUUCUUCUUCUUCUUCUCCCUUCUUCUUCACCUAAAGAGAAGUCACAUGUUCCUUCUUCAUCAUCCUCCCCCAUACCUAAUCACCAAACCCUAGAGAUCCCAGAUCGGAGCCAUGAAGAGAGAUCUUCAUCAAUAUCAAGGUCGAUUGCCCAAUAACCACGGGACCUCUUCUUCUUCUUCAUCUUCAUCUUUGCCUGUUUCUAAAGACAAGAUGAUGAUGGUCAAGGAAGAAGAAGACGGUGGAAACAUGGACGAGCUUCUCGCUGUGUUAGGUUACAAAGUUAGGUCAUCGGAGAUGGCAGAGGUUGCUUUGAAACUCGAGCAGUUAGAGACUAUGAUGGGUAAUGUUCAAGAAGAUGGUUUAUCUCAACUCGGGACCGAUACCGUUCAUUACAAUCCAUCGGAGCUUUACUCUUGGCUUGAUAAUAUGCUUACGGAGCUUAACCCUCCUCCUGGUGCUUCUGAUCCGAUCCUAACUUCGCCGGAGAUUGUUAUCAACAACAACAACAACAACAACUCGUUCCUCACCGCCGCCGGAGGAGAUUCAUCAACUAUUGUACCGGCUUCCGAUUACGACCUCAAAGUGAUUCCUGGAAACGCGAUUUAUCAGCCGCGAUCUCAAUUCGCGAUUGAUUCUUCGAGUAAUCAGAACAAGCGUUUGAAGUCAUGCUCCAGCCCUGAUUCGAUGGUUACGUCUACCUCAACGGCUACUCAGAUUGGUGGAGUCAUCGGUACGACGGUGAUGACAACCACCACAACCACGACGACGGCGGCGGCUGAGUCAACUCGUUCUGUAAUCCUGGUUGACUCGCAGGACAACGGUGUACGUUUAGUCCACGCGCUCAUGGCUUGCGCUGAAGCUGUCCAGCAGAACAAUUUGACUAUAGCGGAGGCUCUGGUGAAGCAAAUCGGAUGCUUGGCCGUGUCUCAAGCUGGAGCGAUGAGAAAAGUGGCGACUUAUUUCGCGGAAGCUCUCGCGCGGCGGAUCUACCGUCUCUCUCCGCCGCAGAAUCAGAUCGACCAUUCGCUUUCCGAUACUCUUCAGAUGCACUUCUACGAGACUUGUCCUUAUCUCAAAUUCGCUCACUUCACGGCCAACCAAGCGAUUCUUGAAGCUUUCCAAGGUAAGAAGAGAGUUCACGUCAUCGAUUUCUCCAUGAACCAAGGUCUUCAAUGGCCUGCGCUUAUGCAAGCUCUUGCUCUCCGAGAAGGUGGUCCUCCUAUUUUCCGGUUAACCGGGAUUGGUCCUCCGGCGCCGGAUAAUUCUGAUCAGCUCCACGAAGUUGGAUGUAAAUUGGCUCAGCUCGCGGAGGCGAUUCACGUCGAAUUCGAAUACCGUGGAUUCGUCGCUAACAGCUUGGCCGAUCUUGAUGCGUCGAUGCUUGAACUUAGACCGAGUGAGAUUGAAUCUGUUGCGGUUAACUCUGUUUUUGAGCUCCAUAAGCUCCUAGGACGUCCCGGCGGGAUUGAGAAAGUCCUCGGCGUUGUGAAACAGAUUAAACCGGUUAUUUUCACGGUGGUUGAGCAAGAAUCGAACCAUAACGGACCGGUUUUCUUAGACCGGUUUACUGAAUCGCUGCAUUACUAUUCCACUCUGUUUGAUUCGUUGGAAGGAGUUCCGAGCAGCCAAGACAAAGUCAUGUCUGAAGUUUACUUGGGGAAACAGAUUUGUAACCUGGUGGCUUGUGAAGGUCCUGACCGUGUGGAGCGACACGAGACGCUGAGUCAAUGGGGAAUCCGGUUCGGUUCUUCCGGUUUUGCGCCGGCACAUCUUGGGUCUAACGCGUUUAAGCAAGCGAGUAUGCUUUUGUCAGUGUUCAAUAGUGGCCAAGGGUAUCGUGUGGAGGAGAACAAUGGAUGUUUGAUGUUGGGUUGGCAUACUCGCCCGCUCAUUACCACCUCCGCUUGGAAACUCUCGGCGGCGCACUGAGUUGACUCUGAUGCCUACGGUGGUGUGCUAUUAUGGUAUUAUGGGGAACCGAUUCGGUCAUCUAAGUUGACUCGAAGAAGCCGACGGGAUCGGCCGUGGAUUACUCGGUCAUUUGAGAUCGAAUCAGUGGACCGGUGAUGACAUAUGUUCGGACCAGACCAAAACCGAACUGAAUCGAACCGUGUUUUGCCUUCUGUUUAUUUAUUUAAUAUUUAUUAUCACCUGUUUAAAAAUUUCUAUAUAUGAAAUAUCGUUUUGGUAGGUCAUUUUUAAUUUAUGCCUUUUUUGGGAUCAAUUUUAAAUAGGCUGAGUAUAUAUAUGUAUUUAUUGAAUAAUAUUUAUGAAUUCUUCUUGAAAUAAAAAUGUAUGUUUUAAUCUCAA